AUGGAUGCUACAUGUAGUACUGGACUCGAAGAAGAUGAGCUUAAGGCGGCGCCAGGGGACUCCAGUGCAGAUUCGAAUGAUUCAGAGGCUGCAUCAAAAAAACCUUCAUGGGACGAGUCCUUUGUAGAGUUGCGGGAAUUCUUCGAGAAGCACAAGCACACCAAUGUUCCCUCUGGCUGGCCACGCCUUGGCAAGUGGGUAUGUAACCAACGAUAUGCCAAGGACAGGCUGACACAAAAGCAGCGAGAUCAGCUGGAUUCGGUUCAAUUCAACUGGGAGACCAAUCACAGCAAACAUGACAAACAGUGGGACGAAAUGUUUCAUCGACUCAAGCAAUACUGCGGCGAGCGAAUAGGCGUUUCCAUGGCAGAGCCAGGAUUCUUUGGGGAUGAUCUGACUCUGAGACAAUGGGUAGGCAAUCAACAAACCAAGUAUCGACAAGGUCUUAUUCGAGAGGAUCGGAAGAGACGUCUAGAAGACUUUGGAUUCUUGUGGGUCAGAGAUCCCAAAAAGAUUGGGUCGAAUAGACGAUCGGAAGAUACCGAUAACGACGACAACUGGGACGUUCAGUUUGAAGAAUUGAAGCUCUUUAAGGAAGCUCAUGGUCAUACCAUGGUUCAGCCAGAUCACCCAGAUGGCACAUUGAUGCGUUGGGUGCGUCGACAGACGAAUCAGUACCACAGCGACACUCUACGAGAAGACCGUAAGGAGAGACUGGGUGACAUUGGAUUUUUCUUUGAUUUGGCGGAUCACUGCACUACUGAAACCAGCCUGAAGCAACACCAAUGGGAUGCAAUGUUUGAUCGCCUUGUCACCUAUCGACAAAAACAUGGUCAUACCCACUGUGGAAAACGAGACCCGGACCGAGAGUUGGCGAAUUGGGUGUUUCAGCAGAGACGGCACUAUCUGCUGGAACCAUGGAUGAGAGGCAAGCAGAGCGUCUAG